GGGUUGAGAAAUGGCGGGAAUCCGCAAACUCCCAACACUUGUUCAUCUUUUUAAGCCCCACGCCGCUUUCACUACUAAUUUCAUCUGCACACUCCUCACAUUUCAAAACCGCAAAUUCUCUUCAAAUUCGCUCAAAAUGGCUCAGGCGGCGUUGAAUUCGAACCAAACCCCUGAAAUCCAAGAGCCUUCGGCCAAGAUUCAGAAGACCCACGACCACAACGGUGUUUCCGAAGCCAAGCCCACUGCAAUCGCGCCGUUUCUGCGAGUGAAAAGGCUCUCGGAGAAAGCCGUGUUGCCGUCUAGGGGUUCCCCUCUUUCGGCAGGCUACGAUCUCUCUAGCGCCGCGGAGACGAAGGUUCCAGCAAGAGGAAAAGCUCUGGUGCCAACGGAUCUCAGCGUCGCUGUUCCUGAGGGAACAUAUGCUCGAAUCGCGCCGCGGUCUGGGCUGGCGUGGAAGCACUCGAUCGAUGUUGGGGCGGGGGUUGUGGACGCUGACUACCGGGGGCCGGUUGGGGUGAUCCUUUUCAACCAUUCCGAAGUGGAUUUCGAAGUGAAGGUUGGAGAUAGAAUCGCGCAGUUGAUCAUCGAGCAGAUUGUGACGCCGGAAGUGGCUGAGGUUGAUGAUCUUGAUGCCACGGCUCGCGGCUCUGGUGGGUUUGGAUCUACCGGCGUCUAGGGGUUAAUGUUUCGCGUAUUUGCUAAGUUAGAUGAUGUAUUGUGUUGAAGGAUGGCAAAGCUGAAAUGUUGAUUUUGGGUUUUCUGACUUGGUUCAGUCAUUUUGUUGAACAUGUGGUGUAUGCGUUUUGUGCUUGCCUUCGUAUUUUUAAACUUGGAAAUUAUGAUGCAACGUUUCUGGAUUGGUUAAUAUGUGGAAGAAGCAAAUUGUGUUCACAUUCCUUA